AUGGAUUUUGACAUUUUAUGCUAUAUAGUGCUGUUCUGUGGCUGGAGUUUAGCUCACAGUCAUAACAAUGCUACUGAAACAAAGUCAUGCAAUCCUGACAUGUGCAAAUUCCUGGUAGACUUUGGGGUCAUAAUGGAAAAAGUGAACUACAGUGAGACAAAGCUGAACCACACUGCAAACAGGCUGAAGGAGAGUGAAAACCAGAUUUUGGAACUGCAACACAAAGAAGCAACCAAGAUAAUAUUCAGUACAACGUUAAGAGGCAGUGGACAUACUGGACCUUUCAACACAGACACAAUCCUAGUCUACAAAGGAGUAAUUACCAAUAUUGGCAAUGCCUACAGUCCAGUAACAGGUGUCUUUACAGCACCCGUUGCAGGUGUUUAUUACUUUACCCUCUUCUAUCAUGCUGGAGGAAGUCAUACACAAUACCUGUUUCUCCAUAAAAACAGUGAAGUGAUGGUGAUGACAAAUGAUCACGUGACACACAGCGAUGUAGCUGAUAAUGGAGGCAAUGCGGUGUUCCUGCAGCUGCAGCAAGGGGACAAAGUGUACGUGCGCAUGGGUGCAAACUCACAUGUUUGGGCAUCAGAAAGCCAAACAACCUUCAGUGGUUUUUUGGUCACUCAAAUGUGA